AUGGGUUUUGAUCUUAGAUGGAGGACAUGGGUGAAGGAAUGUGUGACUAUAGCGUCUAUGUCAGUGUUGAUUAAUGGGUCACCAUCCAAGCCAUUUAAGAUGGAGAGAUGUCUUAGACAAGGAGAUCAUCUUUCUCCUUUUUUGUUCGUUCUUGUAGUUGACGUCUUGCACAAGAUGGUGGGUGAGGCAGUCAGAAAUGGUCGCAUUUCUCUAUUGUUGGUGGGGAGUGACAACAUAGAGUUGUCACACCUCCAAUUUGCAGAUGACACCAUCUUAUUUUGUCCACAGGAAACGGAGACACUAGUAAACUAUAAGAGACUUCUGCGUUGUUUCGAGGUGAUGUCUGACUUGAGUAUUAAGUUUGAUAAAUCAAGCUUGAUUUCAGUUAACUGUGAGAAGGAAUGGGAGACGAAUAUGUGUGGUUUGUUGGGAUGUGCUGAAAUACUCUACCUAUCAGAUACUUGGGAAUUCCUCUAG